UCGCGGUACUGCAGGCGUUCGGCGGCUCCCAGAAAGAUCAGGAAGUGCCGGGAAUUAACAUGGCUUCGAAAGAACAGGUCGAGAAUUGGAGCGAGGAGGUGAUUUGUUCCAUCUGCCUGGACUUCUUCACCGAUCCUGUUAUACUGGAGUGUGGACACAACUUCUGCCGCUCCUGUAUCACACGGUGUUGGGAAAGGGAGGACAGAAACUCCUGCCCGGAUUGUAGAGUGGUGUUUGCGGACCGCACCCUCAAAGUAAAUCGGGCCUUAGCAAAUCUGUCUGAGAAAGCUCGUAAACUAAACCCGAAUCCCAAAGGGAAGGAAAGUAAACUUCACUGCGAAGAACACGAGGAAGAACUGAAGCUGUUUUGUAAAACGGACGAGAAACUUAUCUGUGUGAUCUGUAGAGAUGCGCUGGAACACAGAGAGCACCUCUUUCUGCCGAUUAAAGAAGCUGUUAAAAUUUACAAGGAUCAGGUUAAAUCUUCCUUAGACUCUCUCACAAAAAGGAAAUCAGACUUCCAGGAAAUGGAGCAGCAACAGAAAGAGAAGAUUUCCGGAGUUCGGUCACGCAACCUUCAGUCCCACAUCAUAUCCCAGUUUGCUGAACUGUGCCAGAUUCUCACUGUUAAACAGCAGCGCUUACUCAGAGAUGUCAGGGAAGAAGAGGGGAGGAUUCUGAAUCCAAUGGAGAACAAUCUUCGAGAGAUUCAAGAGAAUUUAAAUUCUAUCCAAAAAGAAAUUUCAAAAUUAGAGGAACAGAUGGAUCAACAAGACAGUGUGAUAUUUCUGAAGGAGGAAGUUCAUCAGAAGAGGAGGAUUAGUGACGAUGUUCAGAAAUUGUCAAUGAUGGAUGGGGCCCUAUCAUUUGAAAAUACCGAUCACCCAUAUUUGUUGAACUCAGUGCUGAGAGAAACACUUGAUGCCAUUAAUCAAGUCUCUGUCACCCUGGAUGUGGAAACAGCGAAUCCGUGGCUCGAGGUGUCUGAGGAUCGGAAGAGUGUGAGACGGACCGGGACCCGGAGGAAUCUCCCUGACACUGGGAAGAGGUUCAGAGACUGGGCUUGUGUGCUGGGAUCGGAGGGAUUCACAUCGGGGAGACGUUACUGGGAGGUGGAGGUGACGGGGACUCGGUGCUGGGGUCUGGGAGUUGCCGCAGGGUCUGUGGAGAGGAAACGACGCGUCGGACUGAGUCCAGAGACCGGAUUCUGGAUCGUAAGGCGGGUUGAUCACGUAAUGGAUGUUCCUGCUUCCUCUGAGUCCCGUCUCCCUGCCGAUCCCAUACCCGGGAGGGUGGGAGUUUAUCUCCGUUACGAGUCCGGGAUAAUUUCAUUUUACAAUGCGGAGACCAAGUCCCAUCUCCACACCUUCACUGGGAAUAAAUUCACGGAGAAACUUUAUCCUUUCUUCUGGACUUGGGAUGAAAACCAGUGGCUGAGAAUCUGCUCCGGUUCUGCUCCAGAACUGUAAAGGGAUCAGCUCCUGGGACCGGUGUCUCGAGUAAGUCAGUGUAAAUAUAAAUGUACGGAGAGGGAAAUAAACACGAUGUGAGAAUUAUCGAUCCAUUAAUUUUAACUCAUUCACUGCAUCCAUCAUCAGAACAGAAACACGGCGGUUCAACAGCAGCCGUGGGUGGCGGGUCCUGAGCUCCCCGGCUCCCCCGGGUCCUAAAGUCCACCUGCACCGGGACAGGUGAAGUGGGACAAGUGGUGGUGGUGUUGACUGGGAGAGGGAAGUCAAGGUGAAACAUGGGGAGGCGGGACAUGUGGUGGUGGGAACAGGCGAAGCACCGGAGAAUCUCAGCGGGUCAGGCAGCAUCAAAAGAGGGAAAUGAUUAAUUGACAUUUUGCCUUGAUGCCCCUUAACUGGAUUGAAGGAGCAGAGAUGACGGAGAGGACGGUGGAGGGAAGGGUGGCAUAACAGCUGGCAGGUGAUGGGCAAUCGGCAGAUGAAGGAGGGGCAGGGGGUGGAAAUGCAGAAAACACACAACAGGUUAGCCAGGAUAUAUGUCAAGUUCAUAUUCCACACCAUUUACCUCUCCUGGAAUUGAUUCAAGCACUACCUGACCUGCUGCAGAUUUCAGACAUUUUCUGUUUUUGUUUAGUUCUUUGAGUAUCUGAUACCAGAGAUUCUGCAGCUGCUGGAAAUCCUGAUCAACACACACAAAACACUGGAGGAACUCAGCCGGUCAGGCAGCAUCUAUGGAGGGGAAGUUUCGAGUGGAGACUGAUCAUCCGAACUGGAAGUGAAGGGGGAAGGAGGCACAAUGAGAAUGUGGAGUGCGACGUGGGGAAGGUGUACGAGCUGGCAGGUGAUCGGUGAGGCCAGGUGAGGGAGAUGGGGUGGUUGGGAGAAGGGUGAUGAAUUAAGAAGCUGGGAGGUAAAGGGCAGCAGAAGGAUUCUGAUGUGAGAGGACAGUGGACCAUGGGAGAAAGGGAAAGGGGUGGCACCAGGGGAGGUGAUGGUCAGGUGAGGAAAGGAGAAAUUAACCGAAUUUAGAGAUAUUGAUGUUCAUGUCAUCUGGUUGGAGGUGACCCAGGUUGGUAGGUCUCAGUCCAAAACGUUGACUGUACUUUUUUCCAUUGAUGCUGCCUGGCCUGUUGAUCUCCUGCAGCAUUUUGUGUGUGUUACUGGUCAAUAUACUAUCAUAAUAAUAAUCUGACAAUCUCCAAGUACAGGAUUUCAUUUAUUUAGAGUUAGAGAUGUCUGCUUUAGCGAAGUUGAUUGAGUGAUUAAUACUGGAUCCAAAACACUGGGGAUAUCCCCAGUCCUUCUUUCAAAUGGCGUUGACACCUGCUCGAUAAAGGAAAUACUAAUCAGCCAAUUACGUAGCAGCAACUCAGUGCAUAAAAGUAUGCAAAUAUGGUCAAGGGGUUCCGUGUUGUUUAGACCAAACAUCAGAAUGGGGAGGAAAUGCGAUCAAAGUGAUUUUGGGUUUGGGUUAGUGGACUGACUGUUGGUGCCAGAUGGAAUGGUUUGAGUGUCUUAGAAGCUGCUGAUUUCCUGGUAUUUUCAUGCACAGCAGUCUCCAGAGUUUACAGAAAAUGGAGUGGAAAAACAAACAAAAAGACAACAUUCAGUGAGCGGCAAUUACAUGGGGGAAACACUUUGAUACUGAGAGAAGUCAGAGGAGACUCGGCAGACUGUUUGCGGCUUGCUUUGCUACUGUUGUUGGCUGUGUAGUUUUGCUGAACACUCUAGACAUGCUAAUGCUAUUUUAGU